CGACAAGUACAUCAUUGAGGACAUGUGGUUGGGGGUGACGGUGGCCAGCCAACGGCAGCCAGCUGGCAGGGUGCUGGCGUGUGCUCACCGUUACACCAAAGUGCUGUGGUCGGGCAGCGAGGACCAACGGCGCAUGGUUGGACGCUGCUACGUUCGGGGCAACGACCUCAGCUUGGAUCUGAGCGACGAAUGGCAGACGUACCACAACGAGAUGUGCAACUCCAACAUGGACGCCGAAGAGACCGGCAUGUGCCAGAUGGGUGCCAGCGCUGGCUUCACUGCCAACAUCAUCUAUUUUGGGGCACCUGGAGCCUAUAAUUGGCAGGGUACCAAUUACAUGCUGCAGCGGGAGACGUGGGACCUGCACGACUUCUCCUACCCCAACGAGAAGAACGGCAACACCUACAUAGGUUACGCAGCAGAGGUGGGCAGCGGGGUGCUGCAGCAGGAGGCGGUGACGGUGGUGGCCGGAGCCCCCCGCUAUCAGCACACUGGGGCUGUGUACCUGCUGAGCACCAGCCCCCAGCAGACCCUGCAGAGGAGUGGGCUGCUGCGAGGCCGCCAGGUCGGCUCCUACUUCGGCAGCGCCGUGGCUUUGGCAGAUCUCAACAAUGAUGGGUGGCAGGACCUGGUGGUGGGAGCCCCCUACUACUUCAAGCGGAAGCAGGAGGUGGGGGGGGCCGUCUAUGUGUACAUGAAUGAGGCUGGGGGCUUCCAGCCCGAGCCCAGCCUGGAGCUCACGGGGCCCAGCUACUCCGCCUUCGGCUUCGCCAUCGCCAGCAUAGGGGACAUCAACCAGGAUGGCUUCCAGGACAUCGCUGUGGGGGCUCCCUUUGAGGGGCCAGGCAAGGUGUACAUCUACCACAGCAGCGCCGAAGGACUGCGGCGCAUCCCCAGCCAGGUGAUCAGUGGGGCAGAGCUGGGCCCUGCCAGCAUGCAGACCUUUGGCUACGCUCUCAGCGGAGGGCUGGACGUGGAUGGCAACUCCUACCCCGACCUGCUGGUGGGCAGCCUGGCAGAGCGCGUGGUGCUGCUCCGUGCUCGUCCCGUCAUCAACAUCCUCGACAAAACCUUCACCGUCACCCCCAGCAAAGUGGACCCUGCACGUUGCACGCCUGACUCCUGCAUCACAGUGACCGUCUGCUUCGCCUACAACCAGAGCGCCGGUGACCCCACGUACAAGGAGAGGAUCACCCUGGAAUACACCCUGGAGGCAGACAAGGAGCGACACCCCCCCAGGGUGAGGUUUUUGGGGACGCACUCGGCCACGUUCCGCGGCGCCUUCCGCAUGCCUGACACACGCUGCGAGAGCAAGGAGCUGCUGCUGCUGGAUAACAUCCGUGACAAGCUGCACCCCAUCGUGCUCUCCAUGAACUACUCACUGGUGGAGCAGCCCCGCAGCUUCCAGCUCGGCCCCCACUCCCUCAACGCAUUCCCCGUCCUCAACCAGGACCAGUCCCACCAGAACGAGACCAAGGUGGAGUUCCAGAAGGAGUGCGGCUCCGACAACAAGUGCUACAGCAACCUGCAGCUGCAGAGUGCCUUCGUCACCGAGCAGAACCAGCCCCUGCCCAGGCUGAAUGGCACUCAGGUGCUGCACUACAGCCGGGACACACGCAAGCUGCACCUGAGCAUCAACAUCACCAACACCCCAACCUCUGCCUCCAACGGGGAGGAUGCCCACGAGGCUCUGCUCAACAUCACGGUGCCCAGCAGCCUCCUGCCCUCCUCUGUCCGCCCUAGCGGUGCGUGCACCUUUGCGGAGACGGUGCUGUGCGAGUUGGGCAACCCCUUCAAACGGAACCAGAGGGCAGAGCUGAUCAUCACCUUCGAGGCCAUCGGCAUCACACUGGACACGCGGGAGGUGGCGGUGUGGCUGGAUCUGUCCACGCAGAGCACGCAGGACGACCUGCAGCCCGUGCUGGCCCAGCUGCUGGUGGAUUACAGCCUGCAGUCCUCGCUGAGCGUAGCCCCUGCACACCUGCAGUCCCACUUCAGCGGGAUGGUGAUGGGCGAAUCGGCCAUGCGCAGUGAGCAGGAUGUGGGCAGCCCGCUGGCCUUCGACUUCCAGGUGAUGACUAAGGGUGAGGCGUUGGGCACGCUGGGCACCAUCGUGCUGGGCUUCGAGUGGCCCUAUGAGAUCCCCAAUGGCAAAUGGCUGCUGUACCCCACCGAGAUCCGAAUCAACAGCAACGGCACCUGCAGCCCCCCCGGGGGGGUCGUCAACCCCCUCAACCUCACGCUGCUGGAGGAUGGGACCCCCACCCGGCACCGACGGGAGCUGGGGGGGGCUGAGCCUGGAGAGCCCCCCAUUACCUUGGCCACAGGCAAGAAGGCAAAGUCAGAAGUGCUGCUGAGCUGCUCCCAAGGCACAGCACGCUGCAUUUGGUUCGAGUGCCCGGUCCCUGCAGCGCAGCACCCCGCAACCUUCCGCGUCCGCGCUCGAGUGUGGAACAGCACCUUCAUCGAGGAAUACCGCAGCUUUGACCGGGUGAAGGUGGACGGCACCGCCACGCUGUUCCUCCGCACCCACGUCCCCACCAUCAACAUGAGGAACCACACGGUGCGGUUCUCAGUGGAUGUGGACUCGGAGCUGACGGAGGAGCAGCCGCCGCAGGUGGCGCUGUGGUUGGUGUUGGUGGCGGCGGCGGCGGGGCUGCUGCUGCUGGGGCUGAUCAUUGUGCUGCUGUGGAAGUGCGGUUUCUUCCGACGGGCCAGCACGCGUGCAAUGUACGAGGCCAAGGGGCAGAAGGCGGAGAUGCGCAUCCAGCCGUCGGAAACCGAGCGGCUGACGGACGACUACUAACGGGGGUGGGGGGGGGAAACGCAGCCCCACUGCACCCCCCGGCGCCCGCGCCGCCCGCCCGUGUGACUUCUUCCAGCGGACUCGCUAUUACCGGGUGAUGCCCAAAUACCACGCGGUGCGGAUCCGACAGGAGCAGCGCUACCCGCC